GGUGGACCAAUGAGCAAGCGGUUAAGGUAGGAAAAAAAAAAAGAGGGGAACUGGGGAAGUAGGCUGGCUCUCCUCCUCCUCCUCUGUCCGUUUGUAUAUAUAUAUAUCUUUCUUCCCCCAGGUCUUCCCUUCAUCUCAAACCCAACAACCAUCUCCCUUCAUUCUCUGUUCAUCAACUUCACCACUCUUUUUUCGUUAUUUAAUAUUUCUUCAAUCUUGUUCGGAUUCUAUUCCCAUCUCUCUGAAUUGAUUCAUGCUUUAUAAACUCCUCCCGUGAAAACCCAUUUGUUUUCUCUAUCAAAGACCCGAUUCAGAUUCCUUCCUCUGGCACGUAUGAUAUGAAUCUUCUAAAUCGUAUUCGUUCUGUUUGGUUUAUGAUUUGGCCAGUUUUGUAUCAUCCCCAUCAUAUAUCUGUCUUGUAGUUUUUUUCGGAUUCGCUUGUUUCCAGUUGGGUUUUAGUUUUUGUUUAUUCGAUCUGGUUCUUCUUCCAUGUUUUCUCGGAUUAGUUAGUUUUUUUUUUUAAUUUCUCAUUAGAUAUAGUGACUUCCGUCAGUUAUGGCACAGGAAAGGGAGAAAAAGAGGGGUGAAAAAUACUUUUUUUUUUUUUUUUAAACUCAAAAUCAGUUCCAUGGAGCCGCCGCUUUUAUAUUUUCCCUUUAGGGUUCGAUGACUAUGAUCCACUCUGAUAUCAAUUCUCUCAAAGGGAUGGAUGAAGAAAAACCAGAGUUAAUGGUUGCAGGUGCGGCAUCUUCAAGAUUCACACUCAUUCGUCUUUCCCCCCCGGCAAAAAGAUUCAAUACGUAUCUUCAGCCGAGGAAAGACUAGUCUACAUUUCUGUGAGUGAGAAUCUUGAUGAUGCUGCAUCAGCAAUCCAGUAACUAUUAAUUAUCAGAUGCUGAAAUUCUCUCCUUCUCUCUCUUUUUAUUGUAAGUUUUAGCUUAUUUUAUGUGAAUAUCUCUUUCAUAGUAUAGUUUUGGAUGCAGAUCUUUCGGUUCCUUUUUGGCAGAUCGACCCCGCCCCCCCUACCGGCCAGAAUCAGAAACAAACGUUGGAAGAAAAAACAGAUAAAAAGGUUCCAUGAGUACAAAAAUUUAAGUGCUAAACAGCACGCAUUGGACAUUCGGACCCUUUGCCUUCAAGACAAAACUUUGUGGGUUUUUUGGGUUCCAAAUAGUUCAUCAAUCUGAAGUCUCUUUGAGAUGCAAAGUGGGAAUUGAAACUAAUUAAAAAACCGUGAGACAAGUCCACUUAGCCGUCUAAACUCAUUUUGCUCCUACAAUAGAUGAUAGAGUUUGUGUUAGGGGAUGAGAGGACUGGGUGAAACAGUAUUAUUUGGAAGAUAUAAUUUAUGUGAUCGGGUUUAAAUCUCGUUGUGGAGAGCAAUCUCAAUGGAUACUUUUUUUUUCUGCUUCACUAUAACAUAUUCUUUCUGUUCUAAAAUAAUUUGUCUAGUUUUUCCGACUUUAUAAAUGACAAAGAAUUCGUUUUAACUACUACUUUACGAAUUUGUAUAGUUCCUAGCACAAUGUAUAUACAGAUAUACUUUUACUUUUCUACUAACUCAACAAUUAAAUUUCUUAAAAAGGUGAAAUUCAAACCCUCAAAAAGUUAUCAAUCCUUUAAACUACCACUCCCAACUUUUCCUCUGAUCUUUCGGAAAACAGAAAAGAGAGUUUAAAAUGAAACAUUAAGUGCUAACUAUUGGAAGAGCAAUUAGUCCCGUUUUAAUUUAAUACAGGCCCCGAUAUUCCUGUCCAAAAAUAGAAUAAAUUGUAUGUAGCUUUUAAAAUGGGCUUUCCAAUCUCAGGCCCAUCUUUACGUUGAUGACGAAGAAUAGCAAGUCACCCGUUUCAAACCGUCUCCUUCCCCAGUAAACGAAUUAAACCAAAAAUCACAGUUACUGAGCUGAUGAGAAGCCUCCAUCAUGAAACUCAAAAGAAUUCUGUCAAUUCCCAUUUUCUCUGUGAUUUUCGUUGUGGGUUUUGUUUAUUAUAUCACUGUUUUCAUCUUUAUUGAAGAUUGUUAUGGGUUGAGUAGCCCAGAAGGUUCAUGGAAAGCUAUGAUCUUCACCUUAUUGGGUGCCCUGUUCUCUUUCUCUUUCUGUGUUUGUGUCCUAACUGACCCAGGAGGUGUGCCUUCUCAAUUCCUACCUGAUAUGGAGGAAAACCCCGUUUCAGAUCAAGAGAAUAAGACUACGGCUGUGCAACAGAGGCAUUGUGAUAAGUGUUCAACCUACAAACCUCCUAGGGCUCAUCAUUGCCGUGUGUGCCGAAGGUGUGUUCUGAGGAUGGAUCAUCAUUGUGUUUGGAUAAAUAAUUGUGUUGGUCUCAGGAACUAUAAGGCUUUUGUUGUUCUAGUCGUCUAUGCAACUAUUACUUGUGCCUACUCCUUGAUUACAAUCCUCUGCUGUGCUCUUCGGAAAGAUUGGGAUUUCAGUGGGAGGAUGCCCCUUAAAAUCUUUUACAUUACAUCCGGGAUGAUGGUUCUUGGCUUAACUUUGACAAUGGGAACUCUUCUCAGCUGGCAUAUUUAUCUCAUGGCCCGUAAUAUGACCACAAUUGAGGUUACUUCUUCAUACACAGUAACAUACAUAUUAUAAUGGAUGUCUUUUUUUAGGGUUGUUGAUCUGGUUAUUCACUGUGCAGUAUUAUGAUGCAAAGCGAGCAGCAUGGCUGGCUAGAAAAUCUGGUUUAAGUUAUCAUCAUCCCUUUGAUGUUGGCACCUUCAAAAAUUUUACUUUGGUAUUUCUCUCGCUUUAGCUAGCUUCAUCUUUUGUCCAUAAAAGUUCACAUGCACCAAGGUUUAAUUGAAUUAAUUCUCCAUGUAUGCAACUGAUUUUUUGUCGAAUACUGGAAUAAAAAUUUGGUCGAGGAGCAAUGAUAACGGCAUUUUCUUCAGGUUUUGGGACCAAACAUUCUUAAAUGGUGGUGGCCAACAGCAGUGAACCACAUUAAGGAUGGACUUAGCUUUCCUACCGCACGUGAUAACCCAUAAAAUUAUCUGCUUCAGCAAUGGUGAUACACAAGCUGUAAGCUGAUAUUCUCUGCUUUUGAUCGACCAGUGAGAUUGCGGUAUUUUUUUUCUGACCAAGCGAAGCAUUGCCGAAAAACAGUUGAGAUCUACCAAAUCAGAGAUGCAGAAAUGAUUAUUGGUUGACUUAAGGCUCAUUUGGUUGGUUUAUACUAAUGCAACAAAAGGUCUCAUUAGUCUUCAUCAUUGAUCAUUAUUAUUUUCUGAGUCCUCAGCAAUGUGUAACAUGAAGAUAGAAAUUCCAUGAUUCACUGCAUCGUUAGUGACUAGCAUCAAAUUUAACCAUCAAACUGUACAGCUUUGGUUGCCUUUUCGACUCUAUCUUCCUGCUCAUUCUUGUCAAUGUAAAGAUGAUGAGCGAGUUUCUUUCGGGUGCCUCUUGUUUGUGUAAAGGCUGCAGUUCUAAUUCUUUUCCAAGCUUCCCUUUUGAAGUUGUUACAACAAUAGGGUUGCUGUAAGUCUCCCAUAGUCUCUCCACUUCUAUAUAUGUGUGUAUCAUGCAAUACGUUCCGGGUUUGUCCUUUAGUAGGUCAUGUAGCAGCUUCUUUUCGAAAGCGUGAUAACCAAUGUCCUUUCAUUCUAAUGCAAGUUGGUAUUGUAAUACAAGUAUCUGUUGGCUGCCUCAGAAGAUGACGAAUAUAGGCACAUAUAUAAUUCUUGCAAGCCGAUUCGUUAGAUCUGAUCAAGACUG